AACAACUCUCUUAGUAUUUUCAUAGUUUCUUGACAGAUUUGCGCCAUCAAUUUAUUCACUUCAACCAAUUGGGCAUCGACUGCUUCUCUGCGUGGAGGUAUGGUCCAUUCCAUGUCAAUAUGAGAUUACUCCUGGUAAUUGCUUUUGCUGAUUGUCCACAAGACGCGUUAUUUGCUAUGGAAAACCAAGUGGACGGUGUUACCUCGACUGGUAACAAUCGAAAGAGGGGUCGUGAUGUUUCCCCCUCACCAGCUGGUACAUCACCCUUGCUAUCCUGUCGGCAGCAGGCGCAGGAUGCACUGGUAGCACUAAAAACACCCAGAAGGUCCAAAAGAGUUCGCUUCUCUGACCCUGGCCCUGUUAUCGACCAUGAACUCUCCAAUGGAAAUACCGGACUGACGCCGGCAAUAUCCCGUACAUCAAUGAGCGAGGAUCGUGCUUAUUCUGACUGCCAGACACCUAGUGAUCGUAGACGAAGAAGGUCGGCGCCACCUAGACACACCAACCUCAUGUUCGAUCCACUGCUUUCAAGCUUCAAGUCAGAUCUGCCGACGUAUGUACAGUUCACUCCACUGCGGCAGGUUGUCGAGCCCCGAACCAGACGUAGACUUUGGCGAUCCGGAUUGAGCGAUGAAAUGAACAAGAUCGAGCGGGAGAACCGCGAGACUAAAAAGGAAGAAGCACAUGUCCAGAGCCUUCAGAAAGAAUCUGCGAACGAUGAAGCUGCACAGUAUGUUUCUACGACUGGCCUGGAAGACUGUGGCACUAUGGACACUAUGAUGGUUGAUGAGCCUUCUAUGUCGACUUCGCCGAUUUUCCGAUCUCACAAUGAUCGUUGCUAUUCCGAUGUACCCAAUGCGACGCAUCCUUCGAUGCAACACACUUCAUCUCAAGUAUCAAUAGUUGAUCAUGAUGCCGUGGCGACAUUAGACAGUACUCUUAUCGAACUCUCCAACAUAGGAUUUUUUGGCUCGACUAUCGACGAAAUCCUCAACGACUUGCGUACAUGUUUCCGCUCUGCCCGCAUGGAUCUCGAGCGUACAUUCCCUGGAGAAACAGCCUCUGAUCUAAACGACGGAAAGGCGACUCUGCUAGCCCUCACGUCGCGACUGAGGCAAGUUGCCAAUGCCCUAGUAUCCGAGAAGUCGAAAGCACAGGGUGCUCUCAACAUGCACCGUGCUUUGAAAAACGAGUUUGAUACGCUCCUCCAAAAGCUUGAAUUGGAGCAGGGUCGACUUGUGACACUGAAAGAGGCUCACAACGAAUUAACGGGUGACAUGCUGCUUACUAGGCAAAUUGUUCUACAGCGUGAAAAUCAAAUUCGGCAUCAACAAACCACGAUUAGUAGACAUAUCGAUGCUAAUAAAAAGCUUCAACAGGAUAACGAUAGGUAUCUAUCUAUUGUGAGCCAGUUGGAACAGGCUCUUGAAACAUCCAGAGAUUCGCAGGAGGCAGAAGAAACCAUUGCCCAGCUUAGGUUCGAGCUUGAAGCUAAAGAUACUGAGAUUGAAAAAUAUGUCUCUCAGAUUGAGUCUCUUAGGGGCGAGGUUUCAAUGUAUCUCGAAGAACGAUGCAGACAUUUGAAGCAGCUGGAAACCCUGUCAAGCGAGAUUUCCGACGGUAAAAAUAAUAUCGAAAAGAUGAAAGCCCUCAACACGGGCCUACAGGCCCAAUAUGAUGAAGAGGUUGAAUCUCGUGAAAAUUUAGAACAAAUCUUCAGCAAUAUCUUACAUCGGGGCUUGAGCUCUCUUCGCAAUGAGAAGAGGAAAUCCAAAGCUAGAACCACAAAUUGGCAGAAUUCGUCUAGCGAUAUUGCCGAGCCAAAAAACACAGCAGACAGUUCUCCAGGGAGCGAACUGCCUACUCCGUAUAGAAAUAAUGAUAAGGCCAAGAGGGUCGAUUGGCGGCUGAGCCCAACUGCUGAGAUGUCGGAUGACAAUGACGACACUAACUCAAACCUUGGCCUGCCUGGGAGUGAGCCAUCGACACCGAGCAAACGUUACUCGCUUGGCAACAUUCGUGUUGGGCGAGGCAAGGAUCGCAGAAGCCUGGACAGUGGAGUUGGAUUUUGGAGCGCAGACCUCUCUGAAGAGGUUGAUAACCCCAUUCAUGGUCAGAAAGAGUUUACAGAGCCUGUUGUUGAAUCAGGUGUUGUCGAUGUCGAAUGAGAAUGUCUAAACCGCAUGUAUUCCUUCUCUGUAUUAUUUUCCUUUGUAUUCAAGCCGUGUUUCGAAGAUCGGGCACCUCUCUCUAUUUUCUUAUCUCUGUCAUAGAUUGUUUUGCAUAUGAAGGCGUAACAUAUAGCAGCGUUUACCACAUAUUAUCUCCGAGUUUGUGCCCCAUUUGGGAGCCACCUGGUGUACUACGAUUUAAUCAGUUCUUUCAUUCAAUGAUUUUCAAAUUGAUAAAUUAAGUCCCUGCAUCUAAGUGCAAUUUAGGAGGAUUGACUCUUGAAUCCAGUCAAUACUGUCCAAUUCGACCAUCAUGAAGUUAACAUCAUGACUAUCGAAGGGAGCCG